AUAACAUCUGACAUUGUGAAAGAAAAUGCCGCAAGGCAGAGGUUAGCAAGUGGCGAUAAAGCCCGUGGACGGAGAUGAAAUGUGUUUUAUUUUCUAUUUUUUCAAACUAAAAGAGUUGGCAAAGAAAGCUACUAAUUGCUGCUUGAAAGGACGAUGGCGUCGAGCGAUGAGCAAGUUGGUCGAGCGACAGAAGAGAGGGAGCGACAACGACAACUGCAAGAUACUCGGACGGUGGGACACAACCAAGCUGUCCAGCAACUCUUUGGUCAUCGGGAAGCACUUACUUCCAAUGUGGAGUGGGAUGAACCACGUGUGAAAGAAGAAGAGGGAGAUCCGGGGCACGUCCAUGUUAAAGAGGAAGUCAACGAUCCACAGUCCCCCCAUCUUAAAGAGGAAGAGGAGGCGUUUGAUGUCAGCCACUUACUAGUGACUGUUGUCCCUGUGAAGAGCGAAGACGAAGAUGAAGCACCCAAGUGGUCACAGCGUAAUCAUCACAGUCCAAGUGGAGACCACGGUGGAGAACCACCCACAGAUGAGCUCUUUGAUCCAGUGUCAGACAGUGACGGCAUGGAAGAACCUUUCAGGAGCAAUGCAGACUAUAAAAGUGUUGGCGAACAGUGCAAAUACUCUGAAAUGAGGAUAAUGCCUGGCAACAAGGAAACUUCACAAACGCGUAAUGAACGUACUUUCUCAGUUUGUGGUGGUAGUUUUGGUAGUUAUUUGACCAAACACAUGCGAAUACAUAUAUCAGAAAAACCUUUUAGUCACACAGUUUGCGGUAAAACAUUCUGUCCAAAAAAAGGUUUGGAAUUACAUGCAAGAAAACACACAGAGAAGGAACACUUUAGCUGCUUAACCUGUGGUAAAGAGUUCACAAAACGAUCGGAUAUGAUUCGACACAUAAGAACACACACAGGGGAAAAACCUUUUAGUUGCUCAACUUGCGAAAAAACCUUCUCUCAAAAGUCAAGCAUGGUGUCACACAGGCGAUCCCACACUGGAGAAAAACCCUUUAUUUGCCCAACAUGUGGUAAAACAUUCUCGAGAAAGAAACAUAUGGAGUUACAUAUGAGAAUACACUCAGAGCAGCCCUUUAGUUGCUCAGUUUGCCAUAAAACAUUCCAUCUAAAAGAAAGAAUGACAUUUCAUAUGAGAACACACACGGGAGAAAAACUCUUUAACUGCUCAGUUUGUGGGAAAGGGUUCACUCAUAAGUCUGAUAUGACUAAACACAUGAGAACCCACACGGGCGAAAAGCCCUUUAGUUGCCCUACUUGCGGUAAAACGUUUAUUCAAAAGACAAAUAUGGUUAGACACAUGAGAAUACACACAGGUGAAAAGCCCUUUAGUUGCUCAGUUUGUGGUAAAGAGUUUACUAAUAAGUCAGAUAUGGUUAUACACAUGAGAACACACUCAGGAGAAAAACCUUUUCAUUGCUCAGUUUGUGGAAAAGGCUGCACUUAUAAAUCCAGUAUGACCAAACACAUGAGAACACACACAGGUGAAAAACCCUUUAAAUGCUCGAUUUGCGGGAAAAACUUCUCUCAAAAGUACAACAUGGUAUUACACCGGCGAACACACAGAGGAGAAAAUCCCCUUUAGUUGUUCAGUUUGUGCUGGAAUCUAUUGUAUGCUCAUCUGAAAUGUUGGGCUGCACAUAUAUGGGGACAUGCAUGACAAAAGAAAAUAAAUGUUUGACAGUAAUCCCUUGCAGUACCACAUCUGAAGAGCAUGCAUUGUUUUAUUGGUCUUCUAAAGAGCUCUAAAUACUGUAAAUAUUUUGUAAAGAUCACUUAAAGGCAUAUAUUACUGAAAUAUCCAAAGUUCAAUACUGUGCAUAUAUUCAAAGGGAAGAAAUGGAAAGAUUUUCAAGAUAUGAAUAAUUCCACAAGUAUAUCUCCAUCUUUACUUUGGGAUACAGAGUCAGCCGUAAGUCGGGGCAAAAUCAUUUCAUACUCCUGCUACGAGAAAGAAAAAAAUAACAAGAACAAAAAUUAGGAAGCGACUUGGCAAUAAAAAUCAAACAACUGGGAAUAAAUCCAACUGACUUACUUUGAAACUAACUUUAUGAUACAACACAAUUACUUGAUUGCAUAUUGAAACAGACUUCCUACUGCAACAGCUAACAUACGCUAAUUUUGAACACAAUAACAAAUCAGGAACAUUUCUCAAUGUAACGGAAAAAAACACAAAUGACAACUAUACAAGAUUCAAAUGGCAAACUUAAUCACUGCAGGAUAUUGACAUAUUCUAUAACUUCUAGAGUAUCUUAUAUUCAUCCCACAAAAAGCUGAAUAAAAAUGACAUUGAAACAUCUAUCGAUAACCUAAAACCUUUACUAGAAUCAUUAUUUUCCCGAACGAUGUUUGAGGUAAAAAAUAAAGGCCUAAGAAGCCAUAUGAACACAGCCGCAAGAGUAAAUUAAAUUAAAUUUAAAAAUUAAUUGAGAUGAAAAGGACAAUUUAAAAAGAACAAAAAAUACAUCACUAAUACCGCCGCCAGACAGCAACCUUGCAAUCCCACAAAUGCUAAACUGCCGUAAAAGGUCAAUCGAAAAAGAAAAGGCUGAAGUAAGACGUGCAAUAGGUAAAAUGAGAAUAAAGAAAACCCAAAUGUUUUUUUUUUAAUGGUGUCUAGGGAAACAACUAAUUGCGUGUUUUGCUGUUCAUAAGAACGAUGGCGUCAUUCGAGGAGGAACGAGCGACAACAAACACAAGAGCAAGCUCUCGGAAACAAUAGCAUUGUGUAGAGAAAGGUCUGUACGACCCAGUCUUUUAUUUUAAACACAUUUAUAUUUAAUUUAAAUAACGGCACUCUCAGUAAAUUGAUUAAUAUUCUUAGCCAAAGUGCGUCUGUUAUCUAUGCUUGAACGGUGACCUUGAGCAUGAAUAAAAUUUAAAAAUGACAUUUGGCUGCACGUUUCGAACUGAACUCUUCCAGAUGCUUCAUUUUGACACUUUUGCAAAGCACAGUUUGCAGUGGGCAUGAAGGUGCUUCUGUUGUGCACACCUUGGUCUCCAGGGGAGAUUGUGUUGCACGCAUGCAAAGACCGCAUACAAUACAUUUGGUGACAAGACUAAAAGGAACGCCAAAUCAAAUUUGUUGGUUUUCCAUACGUCUUUCCAUGCAAUAGAGUAGUUUAUAGAGAUAAAACAUGAUGGAAAUAGUAAUAAAUGUACAAAAACCCACCCCUUCCAUUCCCACGUACAAACACAGAUGAUAGCACAUGCAUGUGCACAAAGCAUAUAUUAACUGAUAUGGCAGACCACUGAAGAUCCAGGUGAGAAAAGUCAACCUGUGAGAGCCACCCACACUGAGAGGUUCCACAACUCGCAGCUACGGAGGAUGCCGCUACCGAGACUACCACGGCCCGGGUAGACUAAGGAAACAGACACUCCAUAUUGUGCAGAGCUCCCCUUUCCCCUGGGUCCUGGGAUACUCUAGGACAGUAAUUUCCAACCUUUAUAGAGUCAAGGCACGUAUUUUUCAAUUGAAAAAAUCCCACGGCACACCAACAAAAAUAAUUGUAACUAAAAAUGGAUCGCUUAAUUCCUGUAUGUACA